UCCCUAAACUGAAAAAACAAGAAAUCUCUCAAACGGCUCAAUGCAAGCAUAAACUGCCUUCCAACGCUGCAGAUUGUAGGUUGCCACCGUCUAGUUAUUCUACUCUUUUCUCUGCGCGCGCGCCAUGUAGAAGGAAGAAUACAAUCAUACAUACAUAUAUAUAUAUUCAGCCCAGUAGGAAAGAGUUGUUACAGUAUUGCAAAUCGGUGCUACCAUGGCUGCUCUAUCGAAGCUCCCUGAAACAGAGAUCUUGACUGAAAGUGAUGGGGAAGGAGUAACGGACUUUACAGACUCGAGCACCGGUCACUCCAGAAGCAGUAGCAGUUGCGGUAGCGUUACUCUGUCCGAAGUGAGCAACGAAUCCGUUGUGUUGGAAGGCGAGAAAAAGAGAUUCAAUCGUUGCGUGGCUACGCUGUCGGGCCACGUGGGCAUUGUGUCGUGUGUAACGACGUCCGGCGACCUCCUGCUAAGCGCCUCCCAAGCACACGACGUUAGAGUGUGGCGCCACCCCGACCUCCACCACUGUGCGCGCUUCGGUGCCGGUGAUGGUGCCGUCAAAGCCAUCGUUGCCCUUGGUGACAGAGUCGUUACUGCGCACCAGGAUCAGAAGAUACGCGUUUGGAAGCGAAGCAACGGUAAAUAUAAAUUGGUAACGGCAAUGCCAACGGUGAAGGAGUGCUUGAUUAGUGCGGUGAGGCAGAGCAACUAUGUGCAGACACGGCGGCACCACCGACGGCUGUGGAUGGAACACGUGGACACCAUUAGUUGUCUGGCCGUUGGCGUGGCCGUGGGAAAGCCUAGGCGGGGAAUAAAGAGGACGUCAAAUGGUUCAAUAGUUAAAGAAAGCAAAGGCAAAGCCUAUGAUGUUCUCUACUCAGGGUCAUGGGACCGGACCUUUAAAUUGUGGAGGCUCUCCGACUUCAAGUGCCUAGAUUCCACGCGAGCACACAAUGACGCCAUCAACGCCCUCGCUGUGGGCCCCACUGGCCACCUCUUCACAGCCUCUGCUGACUGUAAAGUGAAAGUCUGGUGUAAGCCACGUGGCUCCAAAUCACACCGUUUGGUGGCCACGCUGGAGGGGCACCAAGCCUCUGUCAAUGCUCUCGCUUUAGCCGCCGACAGGACCGUGAUUUACUCCGGGGGUUCCGACCGGACCAUCGUGGCUUGGCAGACGGAAAUCGGUGCUUCCCCCUUUGCUAUGGCUUGCGAAAUGAGGGGCCAGCAUGGUGGGCCCAUUCUUUGCCUGUGCACUGUGGGGGAAUUUCUGUGCAGCGGUUCUGCUGAUAAGACCGUGCGGGUAUGGAGAAGGGAAGGGUUUCCCCACGGGAGCUUUGAGCAUUCCCAGGUUGCGGUUCUGAAAGGGCAACAGGGCCCCGUCAAGUGCAUUGCCGGAUCUACUGACGUGGCCGCCGGGUUUCUUGUUUAUGCAGGCAGUGUGGACGGCAGCGUCAAAGUAUGGUGGGUUUCUAACGACAAGGAGGACGACGAGAAGGGUUCGAUUUCUCAUGUUUAUUCAGCUUAGAUUUGAAUUUCUUCAACAGAAUAUUCUUUUAUUCCUUCAUUCUUUUUUUUUUUGGUAUUACUUUAAAUUCUUUGGGGUUUACUCAAUGGCCCUGGUUUGGAGACAGAAACAUUCCUUGGGAAGUUAAAGAAAGAAAAAUAUAUAUUUUUACCUCUGAUUGCGCUGCUUUGUAAGAUUCAGGAGCAAUAAACUUUAUGAUAGAUUGUAAAUCA